UAUCAGGAUGCAAGACUCCUCUCUCUAUCCCGAAGGUUGGUCGGGAAAGUGAGAAGGUCUCCCUGAAAUUCGGGGCGUCACAAUGCCACAGGAUCACCAUAGCAACCGCCUCUUUUCUCUGGCCAGUCCUGGGAGUCUGGGGCGUCCGGCCACACUCCAGCCCUGUGGCUCCGCUCUGCUUCCGAGGCUACGGCAAGUCCCUAGGGUUCCCUCCUUGCAGAGCCCUGAAAAGAUGAGCUUCGGGGCAAUGGACCUGGGCCUAAACAGGAUGAAACUGGGCAGCCCACAGAGCCUCCAGUCUCUAGAGGAGGAGCAGCAGCCAGAGACUGAGGCCUGGAGGACAUACACAGAUCGGAGGAACAUUCUCCGGGAGUUCCUGACCUCGGAUCUGAGCCCCCACCUCCUGAAACGCCACCAUGCCCGAAUGGAGCUGCUAAAGAAGUGCUCCUACUACAUCGAGAUCCUCCCAAAGCACCUGGCCCUAGGUGACCAGAACCCCCUGAUGCUGCCUAGCACCAUGUUCCAGCUUAUUGACCCCUGGAAAUUCCAGCGCAUGAAGAAAGUGGGUACAGCCCAGACCAAAAUCCAGCUGCUUCUGCUCAGUGACCUACUGGAACAGCUGGACAGAGGGCGGGCCAAACUAGUGGCCCUCUUGGAAUCACAUGACACGCUCCCCUUCCUGUCUUGCUGGGACACAGUGGAGCAGAGGCUGGCAGACUUGUCGGCAGUAAUGGACAACUUCCUAGCCAUGAUGGUGCCAGGCCGUCUGCACAUCAAGCAUCGUCUGGUGUCAGACAUUGGUGCCACCAAGAUCCCCCACAUACGGCUGAUGCUGAGCACCAAGAUGCCAGUGAUGUUCGACCGCAAGGAAUCAGUGGCAUACCACGAUUGGGCAAGCCUGCGCUGGUUUGUGACAAUCCAGCCAGCCGUGCCUGAGCAAUUCGAGCUCCGCUUCAAGCUCCUGGAGCCCCGGAGUCAGCAGGAGCGGGUGCAAUGCGGUGUCAUCCCUGUGGCCACCUGUACAUUUGACAUCCGAAACCUGCUGCCCAGUCGCACCUACAAGUUCACAGUCAAGAGGGCUGAGAGCUACACACUUGUGUAUGAGCCAUGGAGGGACAGCCUCACCUUGAAAACCAAGCCAGCACCCCCAGAGGGGGCUCACACCCCAGAGAGCAGGGCCAGCCUGGCCUGCCCCUGACCACAGAGCCUGAGAGACAAUUUUCUAAUAUUU